CCAAGUUACAAGUUCCAAGCAUCGAUCUUAGCUUGCUCUCUUUUGUGAAAAAGUGACCAAGACAAUGGCUUUGAAGUCCAGAAAGGGAAAUGCCACAGCUGAAGAAGCUUCAUGGUACUGUGCACUUCUCCUUGUUUCUUCCACUCUCCUCAUCAUGCUAACCAUCUUCACUGAUGAACACAAUAGCAGCACCAUUAUUACUCUCCGACGACCCUGCGAGGAGAUCUAUGUGGUCGGAGAAGGGGAGACGCUUCACACCAUAAGUGACAAGUGCGGUGACCCUUACAUCGUUCACAACAACCCUCAUAUCCAUGACCCUGAUGAUGUCUUUCCUGGCCUUGUCAUCAAGAUUACACCUUCUUCUUCUUCUUCUUCUCCAUAAUAUUUGUAGUCUUAUUAGUUGUGUUCUUUUGUUAUUAGAAUAGGAAAUUUGUAAUAAUCGUCAUAUAUGCAUUUGAACAUUAAACUGUUUUAUAUGCUACUAUAUAUAAUGUGAAACUCUUUUAGUAUUGAUGAGGUGAGUAUAAAAUGCAACAUAUUAUUAUUUCAUUUAUAUAGUGUUGCAUACAAGUUAUGAAUAAUUUGUGGAAGCAGCAGCCAGAGCAUACAUAUGGUUAUGGCUAAAGAAAGUUUAAUCUAUGUAGUAGUUUCAUCAAAUAAUAUAAGAAUGUAUAAAAGAUAAAGAUUUGAUUGUGGAACACUAGAACUUGUCGAUUAGAGUGAGGUAGAAGAUGUUUUGUUUCAUAGCUAGAACUAUAAGAUGGGUAACCUAAUGU